AUGAAGGAUAUAGUGUGGGUCAGCUAUACCCUUUAUCGGCUUGUCAAAUAUUUGUUUCAAAAUUUAUGCCCAAUGGAAAUCAAUUUUCUAGUAGGGCUGUUCAUGGGCUGCCUGGUAAUUGGUCUGGGCUUGGCUGUUGUUCUGGCGGAUCCCUUGCCCGCUCCCCUCAAGCUUUCCCUGACGGACCAACCAGAUUUUCGGCCACGCAGGCAUGGAGAGCCGCUGGAGAAGCGGUCAUUCGAUGACGAAGGCAUUGCAAUAUUUUUCCUGGAGGGAUCUGACGACGUCACAGUUGAUUGCGAUGAUCUCCGUUACGGACCGACCACGCCGGGAGGGCAAGCCCAGUUGACCGCUAGCUUGCUUUUUUGCAUCCCGAGCACUCUGUUUAUUAGCCGCCUUGUAGAUUGAAUAUGUGUUAUUGGAAGACCUACUAGCUUCCUUCCUUUGGGCCAUAUUGGCAUGUGGCCUUUCCUUAAGGGAAAGGGUGGGAGAAAGUGCACAGUUCGCAUCGUCAUUUUUCAUCCAAGUUUUCUGCUGUCGCAGUUCGUUUCUUGUGCGUUUCGCGAAAUUGUCAC